UGGCUGUGGCCGUGCCGAGCAGGCGGACGGAUUCAACUUUUGCUUUGCUGGGAGCAUUACGCGAGUGUAGGAUGGCCAAACAAACAAUUCAAAGGCCCAACCGCUUUUGUGCGACUCCUUUUUUGGGGUUUAGUUUUCUUUGUUGGAGGGCAAAAGGAAGGAGGCGAUCCUGCUAACCGAUCGCAGAGGACACAGAUUUUCCUUCGCCCAUGGCCAUUCCUCCCUCUCUUUUCCUCCAUGUCGUCACCCUCAUCUUCAUGUCCUUCUCGCCCGUCUCGCAUAUUGGAGUUUCUGCCGCUGGCGACGCCUCCCAGAACGCGGAGCCUGCCCCGAUUUCGCCUGGAUGCAAUGUCACUUCCCAAGAUGUUUUGAUAAAGAAUUGGAUUAAUGGUAAUGAAAAGUCAUAUUUAGAAGGACAAAGUGCUAGAUUCGGUGCAUCUUUGCCAAUCAGUCUUUCCAAAGCAAUAAAACUGCCAGCUGCUCUUGCAAAUCCAUUUGACUCUUGCACUAAAUUGUCUUCAAAGGUAAGUAACUCAAUUGUCAUUGCAAAACGUGGGAAUUGCAACUAUGAAGAUAAGGCAAAAAUCGCAGAGUCCUGUGGUGCAGCUGCUCUAUUGGUGAUAAAUGAUGAUGAAGAUACUCCGGUAAUGGUCUGCACUCAAAAUGAUACUCCACCUAAUAUAUCUAUGCCAGUUGUGAUGAUACCAAAAUCAGCUGGGGAUAGUAUAAGUGUGAAUUUGUCAACUGGCAGUAAAGUGGAUCUCCUGUUAUAUUCACCCAUUCAACCCAUUUUGGACAUUGGAGCUGUGAUCUGUUUGGCACUAAUGGCUGUUGGAACUAUUGUUAGUGCCUCAGUUUGGGAUGAAUUUACCUCUCAGCCAAUUGAUGACAAUUAUGAUCAGUUGGAACGGAAGGCAAAAAUGUUUGCUAUAUUAUCAGUUUGUUGUAGCAUGCAUGGAUUGGCAUGCAUGAUUCCUUCAUCUUUCAUAUUUAAUUGUUGA